CGGUCACGGUACUUGAACACAGGGAUGCAAAUCGUUAUCCAGUCGAAGUUAUUGAGAUCCAAAUCAUUCACCAAAAGAUUCACACUGCAAAAAGGACGACCUAUUCAACCUCACAUCCCUUUUGAUAUACAAACGUAUCAGACAUGCUUCUUGAGCUCGCUCUUCUCGCCGUUACCAUGGUAGUCUUCCUUGGCUUAUACGCGUUACGCACUAAAACACCAGAGGGCAUGCCCCCAGGGCCUCGACCGCUGCCCAUCCUAGGAAAUCUCCUACAAGUCGCACCUUGGAUGUUAAAAAAGCAACUGCAAGUUGAACUAACCAGGGCCUCAAAGCAGUAUGGGAGUGUAUUUACUCUAGACAUUCCCGGUCAGCGGACAAUCAUUGUGAACUCAGCCCCGAUCACACGCCAAGCUCUGCAGGCGAACAAAGAUGAUUUCGCCGGACGCCCUUAUCAAUUCACUCUAGACUACUUGACGCGCGGUUCCAAAGACAUCGGGAUCGGAGACUUCAGCCCCACAUGGGUCUUGCAGCGUAAAAUUGUACACUCAGCUUUCCGCAUGUAUAACCCAAUCCUUGGGGGAAAGGUUAAGAAGGAAGUUGAGGAGUUAUCGAAGCGCUUCCGGUCCUACAAAGGUAUACCCAUUGACCCAACAAAGGAUGUAUUUCUGGCCACUAUGAAUGUCAUUUGUGCGAUGGUGUUUGGUGGUCGGUACGAGAUAGAUGAUCCAGAAUUUCUGAUGAUCGUGGAGUACAACCAAAAAAUGUUUCCUCUCUUCCUGCCUCUCUCCCCUCUAAACAUCUGCCCUUUGCUCAUCAACGUACCGAUCAAAGAUUCCAGAACCAUCAGAUGGGUCCGAAAAACCCGCGAUGCUUUCUUGGACAGGAAGUUCUUGGAACACCAGGAGACUUACCAGGAAGGUACAAUCCGAGAUCUGACGGACGCGCUGAUCAAGGCACUACAAGACGCGGUAAAGGAGGACAGUAAGAUCCACGGUCAGAUCACGCAAGAUCAUGUUGUCAUGACAAUGGCCGACGCUUUCUCGGUCGGCUUCGAAACCACCACCCACACCAUACUCUGGUUUAUCGUAUUUAUGAUCCAUAACCCACACGUCCAGGCCCGCUGUCAAUCAGAGCUCGAUGACGUCAUAGGUCGUGACGUCACGCCUGGAUGGGAUGACAAGGACAGGCUUCCUUACAUCGAGGCGACGAUCGCGGAGACGCUGCGUGCCUCGUCGGUUGCAGCCCUGUCGGUGCCUCAUAAGGCCAUCAAGGACACCACCCUGGCCGACUACAAGGUCCCUAAAGGCACUUCUGUGCUAUUCAACUUCUGGGCGAUGCAUUAUGACGAUAAGGAAUGGAAAAGUCCUGAGGUGUUUGACCCAACUCGCUUCCUGGACUCCGACGGCCAGUUCAUUCACGCUGGGGGAAUUAUGAGUUUCCUGCCGUUCGGCGCGGGUCGGCGCGUGUGUCUUGGCGAGGCGCUUGCCAAGCAUGAACUGUUCAUAGCAGUUGCGGGGCUUCUUCAAAAGUUCUCGUUUAAGAAUCCACCUGGCGAGCCUCUUCCCGAGUUGCUUGGGGAGUUGGGUAUUGUUCAUACAACCAAGCCGUAUAAGGUGUGUGUCGUGGAGAGGUAAUGGUUUGUGCGACAAUUGUGUGACACUUGCGUGACAGUGUUUUAAUUAGCACAAUCUACAAGCUGUAGCUAAGGUAUGACUGAGCAGCGGCGUAGCCAGAAUUUUUAACAGGAGGGGGUCCAAAAGAAUAAUGUCUCGUACAUUUACUGUAUUUUUGGCUGCUAAACGGGGGGGGGGGAGGGGGGGCUGGGCCACCCACUGGCUACGCCCCUGCUGAGGUAGUGUCGAGCCACUUUAAAAAAGAUUCACGUCUUGGAUAAUUUUUUUUAAUAUAAGUUUUGUAAAUGAUCAAUAGUAAGGGUUAAUUCCAAUGGAUCAAUAUCAGGCCAAUAUUGGCAGUAUUAAAUGUUUUAUAAAGAGUC